CGUAGAACUGAAAAAUAGGCAUGAUUAACACCAGGUUCGCUAGCGCUUCAUUCAGUGCUCUUCGUUUUACUGAAUUAAUCAUUGUAGGUUUCAGGUCACGUUUUAAUUUGUUGUUGAUUAAACGUCUGCUUUUGAAUGAUACGCAAACGUACUAGGUAAUGAGAAAUCUACUUUUCAACAAACACAGGUGGUCCAACAAGAAUGGUUUAAGAAAGUUCAAAACAAUUAAAACGCUCAAAUUCUUGCAAUUUGUAUAUCUUACGCUUGCUUCACCGAUGGAAACGUAACAUAAACCGACCAACGUAUAACAGAGUAAUUGAAGCGCAACAAAUUCUCGGGUUAUCGGAGUUUACUGUAGACACAAUGAAAGGAUCCAGACAUCGCUACUCGUCUUGAGUUACCGAUCGAUAUUUAAGGGUUAAGUAAACAUUUACUAACGGUUUCCUGCCGUGCUGUUUUGCUAACAAAAGACCUUUCAUUUGUUAUGAAGAGGGGAUAUCUGCUUUUCCAAUAAUGCAGCGGCGAGGCGCACGUCACUUCGUGGGCCGAGAGGAAUGUUGGUACAAAAUUAUCAAAAGUCUCUCCAUUCAACAGCUUUUAGUUUAAUUGACCAAUUCCGAUUACGCAAUUCCGACUUUAAUCGACCAAUUCCGAUUACGCAAAUGACAGAUAGGUAAGUAACACAUCCGUUGUUUUUAUUGGAUUGUUCUACAAGGCAUUGUUUUAAUUCCUUAAGUCUUCUUUCAUUUGCUUUAACCUUAUAACCCCUCAUGCAUAUGCUGAAACCACCCCAUUGCACAUCUGAACUUGUUUGUCUAAAAUGCCUAUGAAAUCCUAUUUGUGAGCUGAAAAUGAACAGAGAGCCGCAGCCUGAACAAUUGCAGAAAAAGUCUGAAGAACUAUUUGAGCCCUUAAAUUAGCCUAUAAUGAUUCUGAUGUUAUAGCUCUAUACAUACCGAGCUAUGAAAUCACUUGCAACAUGUCUCGACUUGUUGUAAAACCGCUAAUCGGUGAUAAAAAUACAACGAAGCUAGCAUGUUAAUAACUGAAUUACAACAUCAAAACGGCGCUGAAGAAAAGUAAGACCAAAAUUUUACUCAUUCGUUUUGCUGUUGUAAUUUACUAAUUAAUAUUCUAGAUUCGUUGAAUUUAUAUCACACCGAUUAGUGACAUUUUUCCAAUUUUAAGCCAUGUGUAUUAAGUUUGCAAAAUUGAAAAUCACGGACACAUUAACACGGAUUCCGUCAGUUCAAAGUGCGAGCAAUAAGUGCAAAAAUUAUUUACUUAAAAUCUACUCAUAGCUCGGUAACUUUUUGAAUACUAUUUAAAACAUCUCAGACUCACAGUAAUUCAUUCAUUUAGGUGACCCCGCGAUUAAAUUCUCAAGCAUUCUCGAGAAAGUUAAUGUCAAAUCUGGUGAGAAUGCUUAAUGCCUGUGUUAUUGUGUUUUCCACUAACGCAAAACGUCCGUUUUAAUUGAAAUAUGGAUAACUUCAAGUUCAAUUUUCUUUUGCGGGGUCAGUUUGAGAGCUUAACUCUCGACAAGUUCUUCUUACCCUUAUUCAAAAUAUUACCACGCUAUGAGAUUUUUUUGGUAAAUUCAUUUUUGCCAUUAUUGCUCGAAUGUUCUGCGGUAAUCAUCUUAAUUAUUCUCAGGCUAUAAUAAGCUUACACUUAUUUUUCAACAUUGAUGUUAAUAAAUGGUUUAUGGAACUUUAUAAUAUACACAAACCAAUUUUAACCACGCUUCAAUAAACUGUCUUUAACCUGUUUUAAUAAGCUUUGAACGGGUAUUAUCAAUGAUAUUCAAUUAGUUAAGAGCAUUUCUAUCAGAGGUACGACCUUUACGCCGAUAGAAUUGCGAAAUAAUGCAGCACAAUGUUCAAUAUCUCAUAUCGAAUGGGCACAAAAUAACUGACAAAACUCAGUGAACUGAAUCUGGUGUAAAGUCAGACACUUACAUCAGGGCAUCUCAAAGACAUUUUUAAAGCUUGUCAAGUUUACAGGUUUUGUCUCUUUCGUGCCAUCUUGCAAUACAUAAAAGAGUGUUAAGUUCGCUCUUCGAAUGCACGGCUACGAUUUUAAAAUUGCCAACAAAAAAUUGGCCAGAUCGAUGCGACUUUAAAAUGUCAAUGCUUAGCGUGGAUUCAGGGUCUCAUAGUAAACAAACUCUACAGAGAAGUUGAAACUUAAAGAUUAUUCCAAGUGAUUUCGUCAGCUGAAAACGCGUAAACCUGAACUUCCCGUUUAGAAAUCCCAAAUUUUCUCUUUAAGGGUAACUGUAAAGACAUGCACAUUCUAUAUAUAUACAUUCUGGAACCACACAAAAACAUUCUUUGUGGUUAUAAAUAAUGGUAAUUGCGACUUUAUAUUUAUAAAUAACAAACGCUUGACGAGAUAUGACAGCGGACAGGAUGAAAGGAAUAUCAGCAUCGACUUCGUGAAAAAUAUUUUGCAAUGAGCGGUAUACGCUUCAAAAUAUAAAAAAAUUUCCACCUUUCAGAUGUUUCAAACAACUAAAGGGUCACAUACAACUUUGCAGCCAGAUGAACCAUUUAUCUCCAUAAUCCCUAACUGCACACUUAGCUGGUAAAGGAAAGGAAGCUGUGGAUUCACAGAGUCUUUUAUUGAAUAUUGCUGCAAAUCAGUCAUGGAGGCUUCUAGUAAAGGGCCUGGCUGAAAAUGUAAAGCACAAAACUAUUUGUAUUUAUUCAUCAUCAUCGACGUAGCUGCACUUAGAUGAUUUGCCCUAAGGCAAGCUUUUUACCUUCAGGACAAUUAAUAUUGCAAAUUAGUCGGCAAAAAUACCUGAUCUGAUUAACGAUUGAUGUUCUUGCGUGCAUCAUCUAGUUACGAUGCACGAAGGAAGUUUGGAGAACACAUAAGAAGUAAAAGAGUUGCUCGAGGGGCUGCCAAGAGCGACUUUAGCUAACUAGAUGAUGCACAGCUAAAAGCAUGAAUCAACUGUUGAAUCAUUGCCAGUAGAAGCAGCGAACUACUGAAGUUAAUUGUACUCGCCACGAUAGAACAUAGCACUUAAACAUAGUAGCGCGAUAUAUAUAUAUUUCAAGGGCUCUCCAGAUGCCACCAUAAAUUCAAUUUUGACCUCAACGAUCCCUUUGUGGGCAUUUCACCAAAUAAACAUUUGCCACAACGCCCAUUACGAAAACCUUUUACCUGUUGCUGUCCAUCAAGUAUAAUCUUUAUUACCGAAAUUAAAAGUAAUGCAUCAAAUUUCAACUGUAAUAAGCUUUCAUUUGAAUACCUCGUAUAAGUCGAUACAAACAAAACGAGACUACGGAAUCUGCCAUUAGCCUCAGCGAAACUGCCAUCAUUUCUUCAUCUCCAGAUGUUUGCUUGCGAAUAAAAUAUCAGAAAGCCGUAUAAAUCGCAGGGGGCUACAAACCAGAUAGCUUGCUGAGGCGCACAUCUGGUAGGACUUGUUAGACGUUUUUCUAUGUAGCUGUUUCAGUUUCUACAAAGACGAGAUAUGAAAAAAUCUCGAUUGUAUAAUUUAUUUCAAUGAUAACAACUGUAGAUGUAAAACGAGUUCUGUUGCUGUUCCUUCAUAGUGGUAUACUUCGAAAUGUGACCGUCGCAAAGUACGGAUUUUAAUCCUUCGAGCUUUUACAGUGGUUAAAAGUAAGCUUCUACAACGAAUCAGAGCUAAGAUGUUUUGUUCUCGACCAAUCAGGUAAAAACAAUCAGUCUAAGUUUGCCUUGCGCUAUUUUUUCACCCCAGUUGGUAUGUUCAUAUACAAAUGGCGAAGUUCUAAAUUCACUUGAUUGCUUGUUAUUGGUUUCCCCCGGCUAGCUCGAUGUCGGUCAUUUUUCACUGUUACAAUGUAAGUAUUUCCAUAAUGGACUUUCUCUUUUGGGUGACGAAAAUUUCUCGUAUAGCUUUGUUUUAGAAACAACUUGCUAAUAUUACUCCUGUUUAGCACACGGUUUACCACCAUUUUGUUUUCUUGUCAUGCAGCUGUAUUUUAAGUCCUCAUUUAGCGCUGUGGUAAAAUAUUCUGCCGUACAUGAUCAAAUUGACUUCAAAACCAGACUCAGCACAAAAUUCAGGAAUCAUUCCUGAUGAAAUUUUAAACGAGAAGCCACAAGCACGGAUCAUGUUGAUCAAAUCUGGUGUUUUGGACAUUUGUUUAUCAAACAUCUUCACAAUAAGGCAAUACAAGGACAAAAUAGCUAUAAAAUAUAAAUUCAUAAUAACCAACGCAGAGGACCUGUUUGUGAAACAUUACUGCGACGACCAAUAAUCUUUUUGUUGUGUCCAGCUGACAGAUAAGAUAAACCUGACAUAAUUAUAAUAUAAAGUGUUUUCGGAAAUGAAGCGAUAUUUUAAACGUUUUCAGACAGUUUCUCGUUUACAAUGUUAAAAAGUUGCCAGACACACCUGUUUGUGUCUACAGCGGACGACAUGAACAAAGGUAAAUUGUAUGGUAUGAUCGAAGUUUUAUGGUGUUUGAUGAAUCACGCCAAUAGAUUUUCGAGCUAAAUUGCCGCACGUUAAUAGCAGGUUGUCCAUUAUAUUGUAAUUAUUUGCAUCACCCAAAGCUACGAGUGUCGGCAAACUCGCAAUCCGAUUAGCUUCGUAGACAAUAAUCGUAAAGAAUGUGUUAGCACGCAAAGCAAAGUUUUCUAAGAACAUUACUUAUCAGUCGGAUUCUUUCAGUGGUAUAAUUUUUUCCGUCUUAAUGAAUCGCGAUAGCCAACUAUAAGUCGAUAAAAAUGUGACCCCUAUGUCUGAGUUUAACCGUUUCAAAAUGUGAAAUGAAGCUCAAAUGCAGCUACCACACUUGAAAUCACGACAUACAUCAGCAACACACGCCGCGUGCACAAGAAGCCCGUGCUUGCAAUGUUGGUGUCAUUUGCGCAGGCGCCCUACAUGGCAUCUCGCUAAGGAAGACUACAGAUUGACAGACUAUUUAGAUUUUAUGAAUCCGGUAUUUCAGGUUUUGACCUCUCAAUCAUCCAUUUCUCCUCGAUGAAAGCGGAAAACUCUAGAACGUUUAACAGAAACAUGGAAAAUUCACUCAAUUUCCUUAUCUCCUCAGUACGUAGAUGAAUCAGUGACUGAUUUCUCGUAAACACUCGUUAACAAUCACGCACACUGAGAAUUACCGACAACAGCGGGUUUGCGAACAUAAAGUUAUGCAAUAUUGAGGGUUGAUCAUAUUGUUAUAUCGCUCUGAAAGCAAAGAUGGUGUACCGACUGCACUUGUAGAAAUGACAGGGAUGUAGUGACAGAUAGCUGACUGUUUUUCAAACGUUAUUUUACAGAGACAAAUGACCUAUAUAGAGAUACUGUAUUUAGUUUCUAACUAAACUCUAUUUUAUCUGGCCAAAGAUCCGCCACCCAAGCUGGUGCCAACGCGUACGAAUACAUAAUUGCUACGUUCAUCGCACAACCCCCAAUGCUCUUUUAUCAAAAAAUGAGCUUCACCUUGCAGGAUAUGAUACUGGUCUCAGUUUCUAAGCCAACCAGCCGACAGGGCCGGAGGACAAGGGGAAAUAACGCGAACAUAUUAAAACAUCGACAGGCGAAUUCGUCCAACUAGUACCGAAAGUAAUGCAAGGAAUAAGUUAAAAACAAUUCGUGUCCUCAACAUCACGGCAAAAAUGUAGAGUUGAAUAAUCAGAGGCUUUCAUCUAUCGUAGUCUAAAUUCACUUCUUUUCUUCAAAGUCCACGCCAACUCAGAAUACUUUCGAUAUAACCUCCACAUAGGGGUUAAUUCAAUCGCGCUCAUAGUGACCGAGGAGCGUUCGCUUGCCUUGCAGUGUUCUUUUAAAAACAACGAAUGAACUUCAUCCUGUAGGAGCUAGUGUCAGUCAGUGGCAGUAAUGUGUCUGUUUCCAAGGCAACUAAGGUACUUUAGAGAAACAGAAGUGGAAAUAAUGACAGCACUAAGUCAACUUUGUGUAAAUAUUAUCAUACGAAAUGCAAGAAAACCUUUUAUGAUAAUUAAUAUUUUGACAUCAGAGUCCAGACUCACGAGGGCCUUUUAGAUUAAGAUGUCUCGUAAGUAUUGUUCGAAUGAAGAUACUUUUGUUAAAAAAGAAUGUUUAGGAUGCACCUUAAUCUAGGAGAGCUUCGUAAAUUCAGCCCCAGGACUUUAAAUCUAAAGAAUGUGCUAGUAUCUCUCGCUUUUCAAAAUCUGUUUUGUGUUUUCUUUUUUUUGUUGUUCACAGUAAGGUGAACUCUUCUAACAAGAACAGUUGCAAAAGCGAUAUAUUACAUAUAAUUAUUAAUAAUUGGUGAAUUAAAGUUAUUUCUGAAGUACUGUCAUAGAUAUCAAUUAUACUAUCCGUGGUCUCUCUGCUUGUACCAAAAUCCAUUAAAAAGUACGUACAACUUCCGUAACCAGAAAUACCAACGAAGACUAAACAGGGGAAAGGGAAGAAAACAUAUAACCUGCAAUUUUGUCAUGUAUAUUCCUCUUAAGAUGUACUUUCGGCUGAUACUGAAACGGCGUUAAUUGGAUUUGUGUUUUCAUCGACAAACAUUUACCUUCACUAAAGUUGUUCCAAGAUUUUACUAUUCACAUGUGACUUCGUAAUCCACAGCAUCAUGAUUCAAACUUGAGUAAAUAUUUUAUUUUUUCAAUGGUAAAAUAUUUCAACAUGUAUUAUUUCGUGCGUAUAGUGCAUCGUAUGCCAUUUGCUUGGAAACACGCAUUUCUUGAGAAAAGUCCUCGUCAGAAUUAUUACGAAUUCUAUAUUAACGAAACAGCUUUAUGUAUGUUUUAAACACAAUUGCCACAGAAAAUGAGAACUCCCGGGAUAUAACAAUUAUUGAAUGAUUAGACGUUUCAUUUUGCAAUUUCCAUAUUCACAGUAAUUCUAGGAAAAAUAUUGAACUGGAAUGAUGCUAUUGUAAGUUCAAUUUCAGUUUGGCAUACUAUUCAUCUGUAAUUUCUCGUGACAGAGUGAUGUCUUUUGUAGUUUCGUUUAGCGCCAAACGAAGCUUUUUGGAUGUUUUGAGAGUGUAAUAACCCAGUUUCGAUUUCAAAACCACCGAUAUUUGCAUGUUGUUUAUCUAUUGCGUGUUUUAAUGAAUAAUCAGUGUAAACAAAAUAUUAAGUUAUUUCAAGGAAUAAUUGCCAUAAAUUCAAUCUACCAAACAUUAUACAAUAUCCGUACAAUACCACUGCCGGGAUAUGAAAAGAAAUAACAAACAAGUUCCAUAAUGCAUAAGAAUUUCCUUUCGAAUUUUGAUUUGCCAAAAGCAAACCUAUACCAGCAUUGCAAAUUCCCAAUUCAGUGCUCAAGUGACUUUUCGAAAACUGAUUUCCAAUAUUCUCCCUUAUCUUAACGAUGUUUACGUCCAACACGUACAAUACCCUAUAGCUUAUCGGGUAUCUUUUUUCAUUUUUGAUAUUUUUGCAAUUAGGUUGCAAAAAUUGUAUCAGGAUCAUUGAUAUAGUAGUAGCCAUAUUAGAGCAAACUUUCAAGACCUUUCUACUGCAAGAUACGUGAUUCCGGCCAACAGUAUUUUGACAAGAUAGAUGUUAGAUCGAUUAAUUCAAAGUUCAACUGACAGUUUUUAUUUAUUACACGGGUGGUUUUCACCAAAUGUGCAAAAUAGCCCUAGUAACCGAUUAUUAGCAUUUUCACAUGUUCCACUUAAUGUUAAGUCCCCUGGCACACAUACAGGCAUUUGCACAUUCGUAACUGUCGAAUGGAGAAUCACGAUUCGUUGUAAAGAUGAUUCCUCUUUAGUCAGGAUUGUACUCUUUGCUCAAUGAUACUUCAACCUGACGGAUUGAAAUCCUGCAGUUCACUUCUGGUUUUCCUCGUAUAAUUAAUUAAGGCACUUGAAUAAGCUGGAGAGCGGAAAGCUGAAUACUGAGUGUUUAUACCAGAUCAGAAUAAUCCCAGCCAGAAGCUGGCUCUGAAAAGAAUCUGACAGUGGCUGAGGAAUGGAACUCAACUUCAGAAGACUUUAUCUUGGAGUUCUUAUCAUCGUGCAGGUCUUUGACAGUGGCUUCGCUCAAGGAAGCCAUGUCGACGAUUUUGAGCACCGACUGAUGCGAGACCUAUUCAAGGACUACAACAAGGACUCCCGCCCAGUUUUCAACAAAAGCAAAGCAGUGGAUGUUGAGUUAGACAUAGCCUUUAGCCAGCUGGUUGAAUUGGAUGGCAAGGAUCAAAUUUUGUCAAGCAAGAUAUGGAUUCGACAGAAAUGGGAUAAUCCUUUUCUUUCGUGGAAACCUGAAAAUUACAACGGCAUAAAGGUCAUCAACGUGGAUCCCAAGUCGGUCUGGAAGCCAGAUCUUGUCUUGUACAACAAUAUUGGUAUUGGACAAACGGGAGCAAUAUACAACUUCGACACAAAGGUUGUCAUAGAAUCCAACGGAAGACACUCCUGGUACGCGCCAACUGAGAUAAAAAGCAUUUGCAAAAUUGACAUCACCCACUUUCCAUUUGAUGAACAAAAAUGCCCGCUUAUCUUUGGUUCCUGGACAUACACCGGAACUCAUUUGAAUCUCUCGAAUAAAGCGCCGACCGCGGAUCUGAGCAAGUACACGGUUAGCGGUGAAUGGGAAUUAAUCGCUGUACCUUCCGCGCGGAAUGUCGUUAAGUACAGCUGCUGCCCAGACCCCUAUAUUGACGUCACGUACACCAUUCAUGUUCGUCGCAAAGUCCUGUUCUACUUGACUAAUUUGAUUUUGCCGUGCGUUGUACUAGCGGUGCUAACUGUCUUCUCGUUUAACCUACCACCAGAGUCAGGCGAGAGGAUUUCCCUGGUCAUAACAAUUCUCUUGGGUUUGACGGUGUUCAUGCUAGUAUUCACUGAAAAUGUCCCUCGUACCUCGGAAGUCAUUCCGCUGAUUGUCAAGUACGCGUUCACAGUUAUGUGCGAGGUUUCGUUUUCGCUGUUGAUCACGUGUUUUGUUGUGAGGAUUUACCAUAAAGAUCCCGCCAGACCCAUGCCAGCGUUCUAUCGUUACGUCACAUACCGGAUACUCGCUCCAGUCCUCAUGAUGCAACCUGUGCCGGCAGGUAAACGGGAUCGGCACCUUUGUAAGCAGCACCUCGAGCGAACAAAGGAAAACCAUUUCCGACGUAGCAGACCUUACCAAUACGUAAGCAAGCUGUUCGGCAGCUACCCCAAGGAGAACAACUGUAAAAUGGAAAUGGAGAGGCAGGGGGACGAAAUCACCGACAUAAGUUCAGGAAUUUCUAGGCAGUCAGACACUUUAAAGUGCCCUUCAUUAGACAAACUAGAAGACAUAUCAUUUAAUUUGCGGGCCAUCAUUGACCACUUGACAGACGUCAAAGCAAACGAAUUCAACAGGAACGACUGGCAUUUCGCUGCGCGAGUGCUCGACACGUUUUUCUUUUGGGCCCUGGCCCUGGCAUUUGUCAUAUCAACCACAAUAUUUUACUUCACGAUUCCAUAAUCCAAGCGCUUAAAGCCAGAGACAUGCUACAGCUAGGCAAACAAGACAAAGUGCUAGAACCGCACGGCUUCCAUUUUAUAAGUAAGAAAAUCAAGUAAUGAGAUUUAUUAAGGAAAGGCGACAGAGAAAGAGCGUAACUUCUAGACGCUGAAUAAGGGCAGUUUGGUCUCCGAAGUGGAAGGGCGUCAACCCUAUCACAGAAAAAGAAAGAGAAAGUGAGCGAGUAAUAAUAAGUAGCCUCUUAAGGCUCGGUGACUCAACCUUCGGGAGUAUCGUAGCCAGCAUCAAGGCAGGAGUCCAAAUGGGAAAAUUAAGACCAAAAGAAAUGCAACAUGUGUGGGUUAAAGGUAAAAAAUGGAAAAAGCUAAUAUAUGCAUGCAAAUUAUUGUAUAUUUGAACCACUUUAUAUCAAUAGGUAACGUGUGGUACUUUUGUGAUUUUAGCCACAAUGUUACAACGAGGAUUACGUUUUUCUCGAUAAAUAUAAUCUUUAUUAAACCUGCCAGAAAUUUUUAUAAGACAAGGAUGUCCUCGAUAGGAUAUUUAGUAUGUGUUAGAUGAUCUUAGUUACCAAAGAGGUCAGUCCACGUUAGUCUCGAAGGAAAGGCGUUGCUUUACCGUGUGUCGGAGACCAUCAACUGCAUGCGAACAUCCAGAGAAUGCAGCGCGAUGAGAUUGGCCAGUAGAUUACAACAGCUAAAUGGGAAAACGUGAAACCGUUUUGCAAUGCUUACAUUACAGUUAGACUUUUAGACUUUUCUGUUAAGUCUGCUAUAUACCGCUUAUACACUAAAUCUGAGAUCAGUCUUUACAAACGAGUUAAUAAUAAUAAUAAUAAUAAUAAUAAUAAUAACGACGAGAUUCAAAAUUAAUGGCUCACAUGCCAUAUUUUUAAUAGAAUUGAAUAUCAAAUAGUAAAUAAAAUUACUUUAAAUGUCCUAAAUAGUCCAAUUUUCACCCUCAAGCAGCCUUAUAACAUCUCUUAAUCCGUCUAGCCAAUCAUUUAUAAAGACGUUUCUUUUUCGAUGUAUUAACUGUAAAUGAUUGGCGUGAUGUUGUGCCAUUUCGCUUCAUUUCGCAAAGGGCAUUCUAAUGUACCGCCUCAGCAGAUACACAUCGUAAUAUUAGCUAUUGGUUGCUCGCUGACUGCUUGACAAUGGAGAUAUACACGGGUCAUUGACGAAGUCAAGUAAUGAGAAGGACAUUGGCCAAGUACUUGUUUACGUCUUUAGGGAAAAAAAAUACGAAGCCAAUGUCUAGCCAUCUUAACUGAACAAGCUUAGUCAAUAAAGGAUUUAUUACAUGAAACAAAGAACGCCAUUUUUCUGGCGGGACACAGCGCGCAAGAUGGCCCCUUCUGCCAAGGGUCGGAUCUAGUUCAUCCUGCCUCCUCAAGGAGGUAUCAAGGAGGUAACCAAAUAAUAAAAGCAUGUAAUGCGA